AGGGAGAACAACAAAUAGCAUCUAUUGGACACUCAACCUCAUCGUGCUCUUGUCUAUUGAAGGCUCGAAGCUCCAUCCCCUUAUUACUCGACCCCACCAAGGUUCCGCUAUGGCCUCCGAUCCCGUGUUCGGACUGGCCCUGGCCCUCCUUCAGUUCCUGGGUUCCACCCUCUAUCAGUUGACUUGUCUGAGUUUGGCCCUAGGCUUGGGUGGCCUCGUCCUCCUUCUCCUUUUGGGCACCUUCCUCGGCCUCAAAUUCCGCGUCCUCGGCCUCAAAUCCCAGCCCAUCAACCCUGACCACGUCACCAUUGGGUUCUUUCACCCGUACUGUAAUGCGGGCGGCGGAGGUGAACGGGUCCUGUGGGUGGCCAUUCGAGCCUUACAGAAGCGAUUUCCCGUGGCCAAAUUCUUGGUGUAUACGGGCGAUUUGGAUGCGGCGCCCGACCAAAUCAUCAGCCAAGCCUGCCAACGCUUUAACAUUCCCGGAUUGAACCCGGAAAGUAUCGAAUUUGUGUAUUUGCAUCGCAGAGCUUGGGUGGAGGCCGUGAAUUGGCCCAUGUUCACCUUGUUCGGACAAAGUCUCGGCUCAUUGAGUCUAGGUUUGGAAGCUUUGGACAAGGCUGUGCCGGAUAUAUUCCUGGAUACCAUGGGUUACGCCUUCACUUUGCCGUUGUUCAAGUACUUCGGAGGCUGCAAAGUCGGUUGCUACGUCCAUUAUCCGACCAUCAGUACGGAUAUGUUGGGGCAAGUUCAGGCCCGCCAAGUCAGCCAUAACAAUCGCCAAUACAUUGCCAAAAGCCGGAUGGCGUCCUCGGGCAAAGUAUUAUAUUACCGGAUGUUUUCUUGGUUGUAUGGAUGGGCUGGCCGUCAGUCGGAUGUGGUCAUGGUGAAUUCCUCGUGGACUGAGGAACAUAUCAACGACAUUUGGCAAGCCAAUCAUGUCCAACGGGUUUACCCGCCGUGUGAUAUUGAUGUAUUCCGACAGAUCCCUCGACGUUCGAAUCCGGAUGGAAUCCAAACCCUCGUUUCGUUAGGACAAUUUAGGCCGGAAAAGGACCACCCUUUGCAGAUCCGGUCCAUGGCCAAAAUCCGGGACAAGCUAUUAAGACGAGAAGAUCGUUCGAAUGAAGAGAAUGAAAAAGCCUGGGAAAAGCUUAAAUUAGUUUUGAUCGGAGGAUGUCGGAACGACGAGGACGAGGCUCGGGUCCAAGAUUUGAAGGAUCUAUGCAAACAUUUGGCUGUGGAUGAAAAUGUGGAGUUCAAAGUGAAUCUGCCUUACGACAAAUUAAAAGAGGAAAUGGGCCAAGGCUUGAUUGGGCUCCACACAAUGUGGAACGAGCACUUUGGGAUUGCCGUGGUGGAGAUGCUAGCAUCGGGGUUAAUAACCUUAGCUCAUCGAUCGGGCGGUCCCUUAAUGGAUAUUGUGAAUGAAUCUCCGGACUCGGCCAGAAAUGGUUUUCUUGCCAUUCAUGAAGCCGAAUAUGCCGAGACCGUCCUGUCCAUUUUGGAAAUGAAUGAGUCCGAAACGGACUCCAUCCGAGAGCGAGCUAAAUCGAGUGUCCAGCGUUUCUCUGAGGCUCAAUUCGAGUCGGCCUUUAUUCGUGCCACUGAAACUGUGAUUUCGAGUUGUGUAAAGCAAUGACUUGAAACUCGUGUUUGCCAUGUGAAACACNCAUUGUACGGUUUGCUUUGUUGUUUUCGUUAUGAAAUGAAUUUAUCUUUUUUUGCUCAA